CAACGUUGGUUUCGUUUCCUUUCGUUUUUAGACUUGUCGCUUGUGGGGCCGGUGUCUGGUCUUGCGGGCCUGUGGUAUUAAGGCAUGAGUGGGAUCGCAAAUGCUUGUUUAUCCUGUCUCUCGACAGUUGACCGCUGGUGUCAUAUCACCGCCUGUCUCGGGCCGAUCGGCGGUCGCUCGAGGGAUGGAAUUUACGAGACAACCUUAGCAGAUAAUGAGCGGGAAGCGGUUUCCGACUUGUUAGGCUACCUUGAAAAUAGAGCCGAGACCGACUUCUUCAGAGGCGAACCGCUUAGCGCUUUAAGUACACUGGUAUACUCCGAUAAUGUCGACCUUCAACGAAGCGCCAGCUUGACCUUUGCUGAAAUCACGGAGAGAGAUGUGCGCGAAGUCGAUCGGGAUACCCUCGAACCCAUCCUUUUCUUGUUACAAAGCUCUGAUAUUGAAGUACAACGCGCGGCCAGCGCUGCGCUGGGAAACCUCGCUGUCAAUGCGGAUAAUAAGGUACUGAUUGUCGCCCUUGGAGGGCUGGCCCCUCUAAUACGGCAGAUGAUGUCGCCCAAUGUCGAAGUCCAAUGCAAUGCAGUUGGCUGCAUUACGAAUCUAGCUACGCAUGAGGACAACAAGGCCAAGAUCGCUCGGUCGGGCGCUCUGGGACCGUUGAUUCGUCUGGCGAAAUCCAAGGAUAUGCGUGUACAACGGAACGCGACGGGGGCCUUGCUAAACAUGACACAUUCUGAUGAUAACCGACAACAACUGGUCAACGCUGGCGCGAUUCCCGUCUUGGUUCAGUUGCUUUCUUCCUCCGAUGUUGAUGUACAAUACUAUUGCACAACUGCUCUCAGCAAUAUCGCCGUCGAUGCGUCAAACCGAAAGAGACUUGCUCAAACCGAGUCCCGGUUGGUUCAGUCACUGGUCCAUCUCAUGGAUUCCUCCACUCCCAAAGUCCAAUGCCAGGCCGCGCUGGCUCUUCGCAAUUUGGCGUCGGACGAGAAAUACCAACUCGAAAUCGUUCGCGCCAAAGGUCUCCCCCCGCUUUUGCGCCUCUUGCAGUCCUCUUACCUUCCCCUCAUACUCUCCGCCGUCGCAUGCAUUCGCAACAUCUCUAUUCACCCGCUUAACGAAUCACCGAUUAUUGAUGCAGGCUUUUUGAAGCCAUUGGUGGACUUGCUUGGCUCGACGGAUAAUGAAGAGAUACAGUGCCACGCCAUUUCCACGCUUCGAAAUCUCGCCGCCAGUUCGGACCGUAACAAGGAGCUUGUCCUCCAAGCAGGUGCGGUUCAGAAAUGCAAGGACCUGGUUCUGAAGGUUCCCCUCAGCGUCCAGUCCGAGAUGACUGCCGCCAUUGCUGUUCUGGCUCUGAGUGAUGAGCUCAAACCCCACCUUUUGAAUCUCGGCGUUUUUGACGUUCUCAUUCCUCUGACGGAGUCCGAAAGUAUUGAAGUGCAAGGGAAUAGCGCUGCGGCCUUGGGCAAUCUUUCCUCCAAGGUCGGCGACUAUUCGAUAUUUGUCCGAGAUUGGGCGGAUCCCAACGGGGGUAUCCACGGCUAUCUGAAGCGGUUCCUCGCCAGCGGAGACCCUACCUUCCAGCACAUUGCGAUCUGGACUCUCCUUCAGCUAUUGGAGUCUGAGGACAAGAGACUGAUCAGCUAUAUUGCCAAAUCCGACGAUGUCGUGCAGAUGGUCAAAUCGAUCUCCGACAAGAAUAUCGAGUCCGACGAGGAGGACCAGGAAGAUGGUGAGGGCGAGGUAAUUGCGCUGGCACGACGAUGCCUCGAAUUUCUUGGUAACGGCCCCCGACAAACGCUUGUGGAAGCUUAAUUAAUCCCCGCGCCGUGACUCCCUUUAAUGAUUUCCUCCCUAUAGCUUCC